GGCAUCAAUCUUUUCGUCACAGCUGUAAGACGAUGUCGGGCGGUCUCCACACCAAUUAUCAAGUCAAGAGGGAGGAUAAAAAGCCUUGCGGGUUCGCUAUUAAUGUCAUCCAAUGGAAGUGGCGCGUGGAUUGGGCCUCAUCAGCGCGAGCUUUUUGGGCAGAAUGGGACUCCUGCAUUCGAGCCCGACCCUUCUUCAUGUAACCCAAACCCAUACCAACUGGGGCCGAAGCGAAGAUACGUGUAUAUAUGGCAAUGCGUGAGUUACUGCCCGAUGGCACAGCCCUAUUUCAUCGAACCUAACGAACGCCCGAAUAGUGUGCAUGCGGAUGCUCAGGCAUCAAUAUCAUGGUCACUACGUGUCCGGAAUGCGGUGUCCCAAGGUGCGCAUAUUGCCAUACAACAAAAGUGCAACUGCGGUAGGAUCGAGGAUUGGAUAUAUAUUGUCAUGGGAUGCCCUCAGACCCUCGGGUUGCCUUGUCGAAGAGGAUCUAGCUUGGUCGCCUUGUUGGGCUCCAUUUGCAAGGCUGGAGACGUGGAGAGUUGCUGUCGAGCGAAAUGGAUGGUUUUCAUAUGUUCAGAGAUGCCGGCGUCCUCAAAAGUUACGGGUUUGGCCGGUCCAAAAUGUACGAUAUGAAAAAGACGGUGUGUAGUUCUACUACCCUAAUAUGACUCAAUAAUGCUGCUACUACCAGGACCCUCAGCCCCUAUGGCGAAGCUUCAUAUUUUCAAUGACAACCUUCUCCCCUUAUUAUUUCUCCUUGAACAACAUUCAAACUCUUCUCUCCACACCGCUCUCGAUAGCUCGAAUAUGUCACCAGCGAUAACGACCAUCGAAU